AUGUGUUCGAGCCAGUCAUUCAUUGCCAAAGGAAACGGACCAGAUGCCCUCCAAAGUCUUAAGAGUUAUGACAUCACGAUUAAGGCAACAGGACGGUACUUCGCAGAUUUCCUGGAGAGUGUUGACAAUAUUCAUUCUCAGUUUCGAUUCACCUAUCCCAAAAUGCAGAGCCCUUCGAUGUAUCUGACAGACAUAGAUGAAAAUGGAUGUGUUUUGGUAUACAGGAGUAGAAGAUCUGGAUUCACCCAAUACAUAAUGGGUCUACUACAGCAAAUUGCAAAGGAUUUCUUCAAACUGGCUUUGAAAGUGAGAGUUUUGGAUAAAAGCUCAUCAGCUACUUCAACUCGCAACUAUGUCAUAGUAACCUUCAGACUAGAUUUUGACAACAAACCAUAUACCCUAAAUCUACAAUCUGUAAUGUUUGAGAUGGAGUGCAACAGAGGUAUAGUUAAUUUCAACGAAGAAGAACAAAUAGUGAAUGAGAGUAGGGAUGAUGAAGAAGGUACGUCUUCACCCCUACCAGGGACAAAGAAUAUUCUGCUCAAGGGUCAAAUGAAGUACAUAAGAGACGUCAAUGCUGUUUUCUAUCUGUGUAGUCCAGUGAUAAAUGAUCUGGAUGAUUUGACCGAUCAAGCUCUGUAUCUUAAUGAUUUGAAUCCCCAUGGACUCAGCAAAGAACUCGUCUUGGCAGGCUGGCAACAUAAUUCAAAGUAA